GCUCUCAGCUCUAUCACUCGCUAUUAUGCGUGGUGUUACAUUUUCUCAUCCUGCGGCUGAUGGGGCGGACGGUCACGGCGGUGAUAACCGGAUUCUGCUUCCAGCUGGGUUAUCUACUGUUUGGUUACUACUACACCGCCACCGACGACUACGAUAUCAAGUGGACUAUGCCUCACUGCGUUCUGACACUCAAGCUAAUUGGACUUGGCUUUGAUUACUACGACGGUGGGAGAGCCAUGACGUCGCUGACACCGGAGCAGCAGCGUUACGCGGUGCUGGGGGUCCCCACGCUGAUGGAGGUCUGCGGCUUCUCCUAUUAUUAUGGGGGGUUUUUGGUGGGCCCCCAGUUCCCUAUGGUGAAGUACCUGAGCUUGGUGAAGGGAGAGCUGAGCGAUGUGGAGGGGCAAAUUCCUAACAGCGUUGUGCCGGCCAUGAAGCGCCUGUGCCUUGGACUCUUCUUCCUGACGGUGUACAUGGUGCUCGGCCCCUACCUACCCGACAGCUACUUCCUGACAGAAGAGUAUGCGAAUCAGCCUCUCUGGUACCGCUGUGUCUACAUGACGGUCUGGGGGAAGAUCACGCUGUAUAAAUAUGUGACUUGCUGGCUGGUGACGGAAGGUGUCUGCAUUCUGUCCGGCUUGGGCUACAAUGAGAAGGACGACCGAGGCGAGCCGCGGUGGGACGCCUGUGCCAAUAUGAAGGUGUGGCAGUUCGAGACCACGCCCCUUUUCACAGGAACCAUCGCAAGCUUCAACAUCAACACCAAUGACUGGGUGGCGAGAUACGUUUUCAAACGUCUCCGAUUCCUCGGGAACAAGGCCAUCUCUCAGGCCGCCGCCCUCUUCUUCCUCGCCAUCUGGCACGGCUUGCAUUCUGGAUAUCUCCUCUGCUUCUCCCUGGAGUUCCUGAUUGUCGUAGUGGAGAAAAAGGCCAUUGAGUUGGUGAGGGACAGUCCUCUCCUCUCACAGAUCAGCUCCAUGUCCCUCCUGCGUCCUCCUAUAUAUCUGGUACAGCAGCUCAUCC